UUUGUAUACCUAAUAAUAUAAGACGUAUAAAAUAUUGAAACUAUCGUCGGUAUUUGAAUUUCAAUGACGUUGACCAAAUUUUUUUGAGAUAACCAUGUAAUCGUGUAGCUGUCGAGGAAGUUGAGGUCCAGUCCACUUUCAACAAUGCCGAACGUAAAACUUAUUGCUUCGGCAUGCACUGUGAAUUUGAUGGCGUUCGCUAAUGGAAACGCAUACUCUUGGUCCUCAACUGUAUUGACCUCUUUGAAGAGCAACGAUACUACGAGGAAUCCCAUUGGAAGACCUAUAACGACUACGGAAGAGUCUCUCAUAACUUCUUUGGUCAGUCUUGGUGCAAUUUGUGGACCGAUCGCAGCAGGAUACUUUUCAGAAGCAAUCGGUCGCAAAAGAUCACUGUUGAUGUUUGCUAUACCCAUGCUCUUUGCCCAUUCGAUCUUGGCAUUUGCCACUAGACCUGUUGAGUUUUAUGUGGCAAGAUUCAUGUUAGGGGUGGGUACCGGAAGUGUAUUUACGGUGGUUCCAAUGUAUGUUGGGGAAAUCGCGGAAACCCAGACAAGAGGGUUUUUGAGUGGUCUUAUGGGGGUAUUUCUAGCCCUCGGACUGCUCUACGUCUAUACUUUGGGUCCUCUCGUAAGUCUAAGAACAUUCAGCUUCCUUCUGAUGGCACCUUUAGGGUUGUUCCUCUUUCUAUUCGGUUUUUUCGUACCCGAAAGUCCUUAUUAUUACUUGACCAAAGGAAACGAGAGGGAUGCUGAAAUCAGUUUGAAUAAACUGAGGAAGAACGAUCCUUGUGCAAACCUCAAAGAGUUGGCACUGAUGAAGGAAACAGUGGAAGGAUUUUCCGACAGUGGGUUAUCCUUAUGUGAUCUAUUCAAAAGUAGACGUUUCAGAAAAGGACUGACAAUAUCAGCGACUCUCAUGCUUCUGCAGCAAUGUAUAGGUGUUACAGUAGUAUUUUCUUAUAUGGAGAACAUUUUUAUAGCUUCCGGAAGUAAGUUUUCAUCAUCUAAAUCUGCAAUUAUCGUCGGGGCAAUCCAAACAAUUGUUGUUAUAUUUACUACCACGGUGGUAGACAAAUGGGGAAGAAGACUGUUGCUAGCAUUAUCAUGUGGUGGGUGUUCUCUUUCCAUCUUCGUAUUAGGAUUACAUUUUUACUUGAUGGAAAAAGGGAUGGACAUGUCGACGUUUUGGUUUUUACCGCUAUCAACUAUGAUCUUUUUCACUAUCAGUUUCAAAUUGGGAUUGAGCUCCCUACCAUGGACUCUUGUAGGGGAAUUGUUCUCGAGUCAGUCGAAAUCUAAGGCUGCCACGAUUACAACAACCGUUUGUGUUUCUUUCGCUUUCGCUACGACUCUUAUUUUUCCUACGAUGAAAGAUCUCAUUGGAUUUCACUAUUCUUUCUGGAUAUUUUCUGGCAAUGCCCUUAUAGCCCUUUUGUUUUCCCUUCUCUACAUUCCGGAAACGAAGGGGAAAGAUUUUCAAGAAAUUUUGAAAAUGUUGGAUAAAUGAACUAAAUAUUGAAUAUGUAUCUUCUAUUACCUGAAAUGGAAUUGGGAGAGUGAGAUUUUAAUCAUUGGAGCACUACCCAAUCUUGUGAUAUGCUGAUAAACUUUAUAUUUGAAGUUUAGUUUUGUUAUAUUAACGAGUUUAUUAUGUUUUCAUCCUAAGGAUGACGAAUAUAUUUACAAUAUUCUGAGUUAAUACCAUACCUUUGAAAAUGUUGAAAUUAAGAUCACCAAUGUGAUAUACAGCUUAUACUUAGAUACAACAGCUUAUAUAUGUCAAAAUUCAAAUCCUCAGUGAUGAAUAAAUGCUUAGUUGACUGAUAAA